AUGUAUGUGACUUCUGCUUUAACAAUUUCAAAGUCUAAACAAAUACUAGAGUCACAAUACCAGGCUAGUCAUGAAAAAGCUUUGAAUGAGCUAGAAGUGCAACAAUCCGGACGACUAAUUGAGAAGCUAAGACAAUAUGUGAACAACCAUUGGAUCAUGGCAGGAACAGGCAACCCCCAAUUCAUGGUAGCAUGCUUUGCUACAAGCUCUGCUGCCGGGGCAAUAUGUGUUAUAAUGACUGUUUUCCAUUUUCCUAGUGAGAUGUUCAACAAUUCAGAUAUAUGGGACGACUGGGUACUUGUGGGUACAAUUGCCCCCAUUUCUAGAUGUUUUGCAUCCUUAAAUUUGAAGUUUUCCCUCAAAUGGAUUUAUAGCCAUAUCAUGGUCUUUAAAGUAGAGUGCCAUUUUACACAGAAACUAUACGAUUGGAAACUGAGCAGACUUCAGAUGGCAAUCGUUAUAGCAUGCAAGUUGGUGUCAUUGAUCCCAAUACUUCUAGUUAUUUGUGUUAUGUACUGUUGGAAGUGCUUAAAAGCCAUGUUUAGUGCCUUAAGAUUUUUGUUUUGUGUUUUGUACUGCUGGGGGCGACUAAUGGCCAUGUUUAGCGCCUUAGCUUUUGUGUCAGAAAAAGAGCCCGAACAGUUACAACAGAAAAAAGAUCUAAGGCAAUAUGUAUUGCAACUUCAAGAUGAUGUGGAGCUUGCUGAUAGAACCUUGAAAGCCAUGCUAAAUUCUGUAAACCACUUGAUCCAGAACGCCGAAAAGCAAAAACCUGUCAAUUUAAUGAAGCUUCUAGAGGGAUCUAGUGGUUAUGAAGGAGUUGGAAUGUAUGACAUGCAUCAAGUUCCACCUUUACUUCUAGAUGAAUAUUCAGACUCUUAG